GUCGUCUCGAGCUGAAUGGAACGACCGGUUUAGUCGUUCACAAUUCUCAGCACCGUUAGCAUCGUACGAACGAAGCGCGUCUGUUGAUCGUCGUCGUCGUCGCUGUUGUCGCUGUCGUUGUCGUCGUCAUCAUCGUCGUUCGAACUCCACUCUCGUCGUCGGUGUCCGGAACACAGGCAAAGCAAAGCAAAGCAAGCAAAGCGAGUCGAAUCUCCCAUAUCUCAUUCGCCCCGGGCCACAAAUAUCAACGUCGGGCACGUCGGUUGCCGUCGCCGUUUUUUGGAUACGAAACUCUUUUUACCUGGCCCUGCCUCUCGCCGUGUUACCUGUUCGCGUGUGUGUCCCAUCUAUCCAACGGAAUAAUCACCCAAAAAAGGAAUCACGUAGAAGCAAGCAGUGUGUGUGCCAAAGCUCCAACUAACUGAAACUGAAUGCAAGCAGUACAAGUGCCUUAAACGCGUAGUAAUAUAAAUUCAGAUUCAAUCAGAUCUCUCAGCCCGACAAAAACCACAACAACACACUUUGCUCAAUGCCCGAGACAAGGCAAAGGCAGCGAAAAUUUCAAUAUUUUUGAGUUCUUUCCCGCCCCCAAACCCCACCCACCACCACCCCGUCUUGAGUGUGUGUUUGCCGGGGUUUUGUAAGCCAAAUAUAUGGUAAUGGCAGAGAUUGGUGGCCAUUUGGCUCACCAGCUACCAUUGCACAACCACAAUCACAAUCAAACUGGAUUACAGCCGUCGCUGGUGAUGAACCAUCACCUGGAUUUGGAUUGUCAUGGUCAUGAUGUGAUAAGCGGCAGCAAAGAAAAACUAAGGAAAAGCAGUUCGGAAGGAAUCAUAUUACAUACAUUAAAUGAAAAACAACGUUUAUCGCAUUGCGUUGGCUGUGGCGGCCAGAUCCACGAUCAGUAUAUCUUGCGCGUUGCACCCGAUCUGGAGUGGCAUGCGGCAUGUUUGAAGUGUCAGGAAUGCAGGCAAUUCUUGGACGAGAGCUGUACGUGCUUUGUGCGUGAUGGCAAAACCUAUUGCAAGCGUGAUUAUGUUAGGUUAUUUGGUACAAAAUGUGAUAAAUGCGGUAACUCCUUCAGCAAAAAUGAUUUUGUGAUGCGCGCCAAAACGAAAAUCUUUCACAUUGAAUGUUUUCGAUGUUCGGCGUGUGCGCGACAAUUGCUGCCAGGCGAUGAAUUCGCGUUACGUGAUGCUGGUGCGCUGUACUGCAAGGAGGAUCACGAUGUGCUGGAGAAAUCAUCGCAGAGCAGUCUCACCUCCUCAUCGGUGGAGAGCAACAACAAUAUUAGCAGUAGUAACAAUAAUAAUACCAACCUUAGCAAUAACAACCAUUCCAGCGAAUUGGGCUCAAUGUCAGAUUCUGGCAGCGAAUCGGGCUCACAUAAAAGUAUUAGGGAAAAACGACCCUCGGGUCCGUCGGAUGGCAAGCCAACGCGAGUUCGGACCGUGCUCAAUGAGAAACAGCUGCAUACACUGAGAACCUGCUACAAUGCUAAUCCGCGACCUGAUGCGCUCAUGAAGGAGCAACUGGUUGAGAUGACGAGCCUCUCGCCGCGCGUCAUACGCGUCUGGUUCCAGAACAAGCGCUGCAAGGACAAGAAAAAAACCAUACAAAUGAAGCUGCAAAUGCAACAGGAGAAGAUGGUUUAUCCUUACUUUCAGGAGGGUCGCAAACUUGGCUACGGGGCAAUGCAGGGCAUACCGAUGAUCGCCAGUUCGCCGGUGCGACACGAUUCGCCGCUGAAUCUGCAGGGUCUGGAUGUGCAGACAUAUCAACCGCCGUGGAAAGCCUUAAGCGAUUUUGCCCUGCACGCCGAUCUGGACAGCAAUGGAGCAAUCAAUACGCAUACACCUGCAUUUCAGCAGCUGGUUAAUCAGAUGCAUGGCUAUGAUCUGAAUGGUAUGCCAGUGCUGCCGCCACAUCCGCCACAGGGACCACAUCCACAUCCGCCGCCGGGUCAGCAAAUGAAUGGACCCGGGCCUGGGGGCAGCAGCAUGGACUCGGGCAUCACCUCCCAUCAUCAUCCGGAUAGCACGGACUCGUAUGUCACCUACCUGGAGAGCGAUGACAAAUCCAAGCUGGCGCUGACACCGUCAUCCUCGUCAUCGGCAUCGGCUGCCACAUCGAUCUCCUCGCCGCCAUCGUCCUCGUCGGCAGCGGCGGCCACUGGUGGCGGUGGCGUUGGCGGCAUCGGCAUCGGCAACGGCAUCGGUGGCGGUGGCAGUGGAGUUGUGGGUGUUGUUGGCGUUGGAGUCGGCAUGGGCAUGGGCAUGGGCAUGGGCAUGGGCAUGGGUCUGGGCAUGGGCGGAGCUGGCAUUGGUGCUGGUAGCGCAGCCGCCAAUCAGUCGGCCACCGAGCAGCUUAUGCAAAUGCUCCAAAAAGUGACUGGCUCCGGUGGUGUGCCUGCAUCCCAUGCGGUGCUUUGAGCUGGAACAAGGUGCCAGGGGCAAGGGGCAGACAUCAACCAUGACGCAGGCUCCAGCUGAUGCCACACAGAGAGAGACAGAGAGAGAGAGAGAAGGAGCGAGAAGAGAGAGCGAAAGAUAGUGGAGAGCUCGCGGGCUUUUUUGGGUUUUGUGCAAUUUCCGCGACUCAGUUUGGGUUUGUCCCUACCCCCUCCUACCCUGUACUAUUUUUGUAAACAUUGAUUUGUAACUUUUUUUAUUUUAUUUCAUUCUGUUUGAUUCGGUGCCAAAAAAUAGUCUGUAGGCAUUUUCAAACCGCUGGGCUAAGGGGAGGAAUUAAAUUUUUAAAUCUUUUUUUCUGGCUUUGGCUUGGCUUUGGCUCAGUUCUUAAUAAUACAUUUCUUUUGUUAUGUAAUAUACCCAUUUUGUUGUAACAAAAAAUGCUCACACACUUGAAAAGUUUUAACAAUAAUUUUUGCAUUAACGAAAAACAAAAACAAAACAAAAUUAUUCGAUAAAUGAGAAAAAAAAAACAAGUUACUUCGCAUCAAGUAGGGAAUUUUCAUUAAACGAA